AUGAAUGGAAAUAUGCCUGAAAAGAUUGUUGUAUCAAAGUUACACAACUGGUUUUUGGUGGUCCUAAUUCUCAUAUCGACUGUUUCUUGUUCAUGGUUGGAAUUAACAGUGGAAAAGUCUAACGACGAUUUUCAGCCUUCAGUAGAACGUAUGCCUGAAGAAGUAUUUUUUAAUGCUCCUUGGUAUUAUUUUCUACGAUUUUUUCGGAAAGCUUUCAAUAGGAUAAACAGAGUGAGAGAUUUUAACAACACCAUAACUGAAAAUAGCACGGACACCGGUAAAAAUACAGGAAAUAACUUUACUUUUAGUACCUUUCUUAUUAAUACAGACCAACAAGAAAUUCUAAUAUUGCAAAAUUCUGAUGUCAAUUAUAAAGAAGAUUCCAGUGAAAAAAGUCUUUACAAAAAUGCGAUACAAAUAGAACCUAUUUAUGAAAAUGAACUUGAUGUGUUAGACUCCGAAAACGAUUUGGAAAACAAGACAUGCGUGAAGUUAUCUAUAGCUAGACAAGCUUGGAUUUCGUACGAGAUUAUUCUUGCUUCUCUAAACGUCUGCUCUUUUCUCUGGCCUCUUUACGUGUACGACCACUGA